GGGAUAUUAGCUAUCAGAAAGGGAUAGCCAAAUACAUCUUUGAUAUUUUGGAUAUCAUGCCGGUGUGGGUUUUGUUUGGCAGGCCGGGAGGAUUUCAGAGGAUGAACUAGCUGGUUUCAUUUCGCUGAUCAAUGUAUAGCGCUAUGGCGGGUGAGGACGAGGAGUUGGUCCAGUCGAGGAAAAGUAGAACUCUGAUCAUCCGCCAUCUCCCUGCUGACCUGUCCAGGGAUGAGAAGCAGGAUCUACUCAAGUACUUUGGUGCCGUGGGAGUCAGAGUGUUCUCUGAUAAAGGAGUACUGAGACACACAGCCUUUGCAACAUUUGCGAGUGAAAAGUCUGCAGCAAAGGCUCUGAGCAGGCUUCACCAGCUACAGAUCCUCAACCAUACCCUGGUGGUGGAGUUUGCCAAAGACCAGGAACAUGUGACAGUGCUGAAAGACCCACCUGUGUCAGACAGUGCAACAGAUGGCAAAGAUGUGAAGAGGAAAAAGGAAGUGACACCACCGAGUAUACCACUAAUAGAGACUGGCACUGCACCCAAACUCGGGUUGAAAUUUCAAUCAAAUCCCAGUCUGAAAUAUUUAUAUCCACCUCCUUCGAAUGGGAUUCUGACAAACAUAACACAUGCCCUUCUGAGCGUACCAAACUUUUACGUUCAGGUCCUUCACCUGAUGAACAAGAUGAACCUACCGUCUCCGUUCGGCCCCAUCACAGCAAGACCUCCGAUGUAUGAGAUGCAUCCUGCCCCCCCUCCACCAAUGCCGCCCCCCUAUCCUCCCCACUACCCCCCCUUACCAGCAGAUGAGAUGGACCUCUCCAGCGAGGAGGGGUCUGAGUAUGAGAGUGGAGAUGACGAGGACAAAGAGAGGAUGAUUCGCCUGAUGGGUCUGGUCAACCAAGCAUGCAAGAGACCUCUGAGAACUAAAGUGUCCUCCAAGAGAAAGAAACCCAAGUUCAAGGACCUUCUCUUUGUCCCCAAGCCUGAAUCUCAGAGUGCUCCAGGGCCCAUCUUGCAGCCAUCAGAUGUGUUUGAGCAGCCCCAACCCUGCGGACAGAAGAAGAUUGAGUUCCACAUUUCAGCAGACGUGUCAGCCAUACUGGAAGGAGGAGGAGGCAACUCCACCCAGCCACAGGAGCCCACUGAGGAGGCUGAAGUAGCAGCUGAGGAGAUGCAGGCCACCACCACUACAGAGGAGGAUCCAGGGGAGGGCUUUGGGAAGAUCUACCCUGCCGCCCAGGCCUCCCAACUGGAGGAGGACAGUGAUGAGGACGAGGAUGUCCCCUCUGAUGUCAUCUCCAGGAAGGAACUGGAUAAGGGACGGCUGUCCAGAGACGAGAUAAAAAGGAUGUCCGUGUAUAAAAAUUAUGAACCUGGAGAGCCGACCAGCAGACUUUACGUGAAGAAUAUCGCCAAGUCAGUAGAAGAGAAAGAUCUGAAAUACAUCUAUGGGCGAUACAUCGACGUUUCAUCUGAGGCAGAGAGAAAUAUGUUUGACAUAGUGCUGAUGAAGGAGGGUCGUAUGAAGGGCCAGGCAUUCGUUGGUCUCCCAAGUGAGAGGAGUGCAGAGAAGGCCCUGAGAGACACCAACGGUUACGUCCUCUAUGACAAGCCCCUCGUCGUUUCGUUUGCCAGGUCUGCCAGACCUAAAGCGGACACCCCAGACCCCAAGAAAGGACCCAAACGAACCCGAUGAACAGGUGAUGGAAUCCUCUGCAAACUGAAGACAACACGUUAGGAAUAUAAUUUCUUCAGUUUUAUUUUAUUUUAAAUAAAAUAUUUUUUAUAUAUGUAUUGUCUGUCUAUAAAUGCCUUCUAGUCCACUG